AGUCAGUGUGUGCUGGACGUGUGUGUAGCGAUGACCGACCAAUCUUUUAGACGGGGUUGAAUGUGUUUUUACUAUUUUAACGAUUUGUGUUUUUAUUUCGAAGAAUAUCAAUGGAGCGUCACAUAAUAUUAGGUGUUUGCUUGAUAUUGGUGAUCGGACAGUUGCAGUCAGCUGUGUCCCAGAGCACCGAGGACGAGCCCACCUUCACCCCGCCGUCUGACGCGUUGGGCUCACCAACGUCGGUUGUCAGUGAUGGCCGCGGGCACGACCACACUCAGGGCCAUGUAGCAGACAGACUAGUCGAGGACCCCAACCUAGCGAGUUGGGGAGUGUCUGGGAGCAACAAUGCCACAUCUAACGUGCUGGAGGAGGCAGAGGAUGCCAGCGGCUUAUCGCUGGGAGGAGGUGCACGGGAGGGCCACUUUUCUGGGGCAUCACGUGUAGUCCUGCCUGUCGAACUCAGUCUGAGGGGCUACACCUCCAUGAGCUUCCGAACCUGUCGACAUGGCACCCUUCUGUCACAGGAGGGUGCUGGUGGUGACACGCUGGUGCUGGGGGUGAGUGAGGAAGGCACCUUGAUACUGUCCCUCACUCGCCAUGAGCAGACACAUAUCACUACGUUGGGAAGGAGACUCAACAACAACGUCUGGCACAGAGUCUACCUUAGGUUUGAACUAGGUGUUUUGCGACUAGGAGUGGACCAGUCAACUGUGAUGGUAGCCAACACAACUGGCACCAGUGCACCCCUCAUUGACCUGGGUCUGUGGUCACCUUCACCACAGUUGACCAUUGGACACAACUUCACGGGGUGUAUCCUGCAGGGUGCUGGCACUGAAAUGACAAAUCCUCUUGUUCUUCACAUUGGAGUAGAUUGGAAUGUUUGUCCCCUUCCAGAGAGUACUGACUGUAGUGGAGAUGGGUAUGGUGAGGAUCACUGCUUCUCCCAGCCAUGUGGCCGUCAUGGUCAGUGCAUAUCUUCACAAGAAAGUUAUUUGUGUAACUGUUACACCCGAUAUUCUGGGCAACAUUGUGAGGAAGACACUGGACCUCUCUGUCAUCGACCUGAAUUCCAGUGUCAAAAUGGAGGCUUAUGCCAGGAAGACCGGAAGGGCAAUCUUACGUCAUGUGCCUGUCGUACUGGAUUUACAGGAUCGAUGUGUGAAGUACCCAUUGACGAAAGUUUCUGUGACAAUGAUAGUAAUCCAUGCCAGAACAAUGCCACCUGCACUGUAACAUCAUUUGAGGACACAUAUGAGUGUCUUUGUCAGCCAGGGUACAAUGGUGAGCACUGUGAGGUCAAUGAAGAUGACUGUGCGUCUCAGCCUUGUUGGCACGGUGGCGUCUGUGUUGAUGGCAUCUAUGACUUCACCUGCAACUGUGAAGGCACUGGAUAUGAAGGGGCAAUAUGUGAAGAAAAUAUAGACGAAUGUUCAACUUUAGAUCCCUGUCUUAAUGGAGCGACCUGCUAUGACCACUAUGGGGACUAUGAGUGUGCUUGUGUACCCGGGUUUGGGGGAAAGCAUUGUGAAAUGGAGGUACAUGAAUGCUCAUCAGACCCUUGUCAGAAUGGAGGGACAUGUACAGACCUUCAGAAUGCUUACAAGUGUACGUGUAUGCUUGGAUUUGAAGGAGACAAUUGUGAGCACAACAUAAAUGACUGCUAUAAUGUAUCGUGCCCAGAAAAUUCGAACUGCAAGGAUGGUGUUACCAGUUAUGUGUGUGAGUGCAGCCCAGGCUUCUCAGGUACCCCACCAAACUGUCUUGAGACUGAUGAAUGUGAAUCAUCUCCGUGUCAAAAUGGAGCCUUGUGUUAUGACCAAGACAAUUCAUUUACCUGCAUUUGUGCUCCAGGAUUUACAGGAAGCAACUGUGAAACCAACAUUGAUGACUGCUUAUCGGAUCCUUGCCAGAAUGGAGGAACUUGUGAGGAUGGAAUAAACUCUUAUUCAUGUCAGUGUCUACCAGGUUUUGAGGGAGACUAUUGUGAAGAUAACCGUGAUGAGUGUGCCCUUAAUGUUUGUGUUCAUUACCAAAAUUGCCAUGAUCUGGACUACAAUACCAUUGGUGACUAUGAAUGUGAGUGUGAGGCUGGAUGGUCUGGGAAGAACUGUGAUGAAGAAAUAGAUGAAUGUGCCUCAUCCCCGUGCCUUAAUGGUGCCUCUUGUAAGGACCGAGUCAAUGGCUUUGACUGUACUUGUCCUCCAGGAUUUACUGGAGAGACGUGCCAGACAGACAUAGAUGAAUGUGAAUCAAAUCCGUGCCUUAAUGGAGGGACAUGUUCUGAUGGUGUAAACAAUUAUGUGUGUGAGUGUGGAGAGGAUUACAUGGGCAUCAUCUGUGAAGAGGAGUAUGAUGCUUGUGCUUCAAACCCAUGUCAGAACUCUGCCUCCUGUAUCCCCUCUCUAGGACCUCAAGACUUUUACUGUGAAUGCAUUCCAGGUUUUGAAGGAUUGUACUGCAGUAACAAUAUCAAUGAUUGUUUUGAUGUGACGUGUUCUGAUGGUAAAGUUUGCUACGACAUGGUGAACAGUUAUGAGUGCCGCUGUCCAGAAGGCUUCACGGGGGAAAACUGCUCCAUCAAUAUAGAUGAGUGUGAGAGUAAUCCUUGUCUCAAUGGAGGAGAAUGUCAUGAUGGAAUGGCAAACUAUAGCUGUGUCUGUCCUCCAGGUUACACAGGACAUAACUGUGAGGAGGAUGUAAAUGAGUGUGAGUUGUUACGUCCUUGUGUUAAUGGUAUCUGUGAGAACACCAAUGGAUCAUACCAAUGUUACUGUCGCCCUGGAUUUUCUGGUGAUCACUGCAACCUGGAAUUUGACGAGUGCCUUUCUCGACCUUGUCGCAAUAGUGGUACUUGCAUCAACAGAAUUAAUGGUUAUGAGUGUGUGUGUCAACCUGGCUUUACUGGCACUGACUGUGAUAUUGACAUUGAUGAGUGUGCAAGUGCCCCCUGUCAAAAUAAUGCUACCUGCUAUGACGGUAUUGCCACCUUCACUUGUGAGUGCCUGCCUGGCUUUACUGACAAGCUUUGCUCCACCAAUAUUGAUGAGUGUGAGUCCGACCCUUGUAUGAAUGAGGGUGUGUGCACUGAUGGCAUCAACCAGUACACAUGUAACUGUAGUGACACCGGCUUCAAAGGACCACAGUGUGAGAUAAAUAUUGAUGACUGUGAGUCAUCUCCCUGCCAGCACGGAUCAACUUGUUCCGACCUUGUAAAGGAUUACGAAUGCCUCUGCUAUAAUGGUUAUGCAGGGAAGGACUGUGAGGAGGACAUUCAAGAAUGUGCAAGUUAUCCAUGUCUUAACGGUGCUACUUGUCUGGAGCGCAGCAACUUGACCCUUUAUGAAUUAGACAUAUUCUCCAACUUUACCUAUGAAACUGCUGGAGGUUUUGUAUGCGAGUGUAUUCCGGGUUUUACAGGUGAUUUGUGCGAGAUUAAUAUCGACGAAUGUGAGAGCGAUCCAUGUGUGAAUGGUGUUUGUUAUGAUGGCAUCAAUGAUUACUCAUGCCUGUGCUGGCCAGGCUAUGAAGGUGUUAAUUGUGAAAUUGAAAUAAAUGAAUGUGAACUAUACAUGCCAUGUGUCCAUGGAUCUUGUGUUGAUAAGGUGGCAGAUUAUGUGUGUCUAUGUCAGGAGGAAUUUGGUGGUAAGAACUGUUCAGUUGAACUUCUUGGCUGUAAUGGCAUUGAUUGCUUCAAUGGAGGCACUUGUGAGGCGCUACUCACCAAUGAGACAAUACAUGACUUCGUGUGUCAUUGUGAGCACGGUUUUAUUGGACGGAACUGUGAAGAGUCGACUACACUCUCGUUGUCUGGCAACUCGUAUGUUCUCAUCAACUCUCAGCGGCAAGAAGGAUAUGAACUUUCAUUCCGAUUCCGUACUACUCUAGCCAGUGGGAUACUUGCUGUGGGACAAGGGGAGACUUAUAUCAAACUUGAACUUGUACAAGGUCGACUAAAUUUCCACUCCUCCCUCCUGAACAAAUGGGAAGGUAUUUUCACUGGUUCUGACCUCAAUGAUGGGCAGUGGCAGAAUGUGAGAAUGUUGGUGAAUGACAGUCAUGUUUCACUCUCGGCAAACGAUGAUGAAACAAUUUAUCCAAUUAAUCCAGUACAGACCAUCAACAGCUCUGAUACCUCCUUCUCAACAACUGUUUUGGGUGGUGCGACUCCAACACUAAAGAUAUUAUCUAAAGGAGCACCAUUCUUCACUGGCUGCAUGGAGGAUGUCAUGGUGGAUGGCUCAAUCUUGAUACCUAGUACUGUACCAGAGCCCAUGAGGGUAUCGGUUGAUGAGGGAUGUCCACGUGUAGAACAAUGUAUUCCUAACCCUUGCCUGAAUGAUGGUGAAUGCGUGGAUUUGUGGACCAAGUACCAAUGUAAUUGCAAGAGGCCAUACCUUGGGAACACCUGUCAAUUAAGCUUUACUCCCGCUACUUUUGGGAAUGAAGACACAAAGGACAGUCUGGUAACGGUGCUCAUCCCUGAGGUUGACCAUGGCACCUAUAGGAACCACGCUGAUGUGUCAAUGUUGGUGCGCACCAGAGAAGCAAAUGGCCUCAUCUUCUAUCUUGGAACUUAUGAAGAUAGUCAGACAAUAGGAUCUCAGGAGAGUCACAUAAUUGCUGAACUUAAAAACGGCAACUUGGUUCUACGACUUUUGUUAGAUGGUCCUGAGGAAGUUUUCACUAUCAGCAGCUUGGUGCUUAUUGAUGGUGACCCUCAUCUACUUCACGUAAAGCGCAUCAAUAAUGACUUGGAAGUAAACGUGGAUAAUGAAUUAGUAUUGAACGCAACGCUGACAUACGGCGGUGACCUAACAGCUCAAGUCCUGUACCUUGGUGGUGUUCCGGAGACCACUUCAGGGAGGGUCAAGCGUCAACUUGGUGUCACCAAUUUCACCGCAACCGUAACUCGACCUCAUUUUAAAGGAACUUUGCAAGAUAUUCGGCUGAGCAAUGGUUCAGAAACAAGACUAGUACAACCUUUCCCACUGCAAAAUGUGUCUGCUGUUGUUUUACCUGGUGAAAAUUUGCAAGAAUUAGAUAUCAUCAAUGUCCUUGAAGGAACAGUUAGUGAUGACACCUGCACUCCAGACCCCUGUAAGAAUGGUGCCUCCUGCAGUGUAACAUGGAAUGAUUUCUUGUGUACGUGUACAGUUGGUUUUAAAGGUAAAACGUGUGAGGAUCGGGAAUAUUGUGCUAUAUAUGAGUGCCCUCAAGGAUCUGAAUGUGUUAACCUAGAUGAUGGUUAUGAGUGUCUUGCCAACUUAACACUCAAUGGUGUGAACUCCUCCAUGACGUACUCACCCAACUUUAGAAAUCCACCGAGCCAGAUUUCAGAGAUCACGCUGAAUUAUCGAAGCCAGGUGGGAGGUGUGCUGUUCUGGGCUGCAGGAAUUGAUGCUCAUGUAUGGGUUGGUCUGGACCACAGUUCUGUUGUGGUACAUCAGACCAAUGGUUCUGCAUCUAGAAGUGCUUCCUUUACUUCAAAUUCCACUCUGAAUGGAGAGUGGCACUCUCUUUUUAUCUCCUUUGAUUUUACCGGCCUUCAGAUAAUUUUGGAUGAUACAAGUUUGCUGGGCACAGAUAUUGCUGUUAUCAUCGAUUUCACAACUCUUGUGUUAAAUGGAGAUAUAAGGAUUGGUGCAUCACCUGAUACACUACCAACCCACAGUCUUUUGGACCCAUCACUUGUUGACUCCUCAACCACCUCAAUAAGAUCCCUCCAGCCUGAAGAUGACUUUAUGCCCCAAGUGUUCCGAGGGUGUCUGGGAGCCACCAGAAUCCAGGGGGUGUUGGUUCCAUUCUUCUCACAGCUCCAUCUUAUCAACAACUCAGCAGCUAACCAGUUUCUGAGACUAGACGAGUCCUUCACCAGUAUUGGUUGCACAGUUUGUUAUAAUGAAGAAUGCCUGAAUGGAGGUUCUUGUUCCAACCCAGCAGAAGUCUUCAGUUGUUCAUGUCCAAUUGGUUUUGAAGGCUCAUUAUGUGAAAUUAACAUUGACGAAUGUGUUGCUAAUCAGUGCCUUAAUGGAGCAACUUGUGUUGAUGGCAUCAAUCAGUAUACCUGUAAAUGUAUGCCAGGAUACACAGGAGAAUUUUGUGAAGAAGACAUUGAUGAAUGUGCUACCAGCCCGUGCAAGAAUGGCGGUGUUUGUGUGAAUGAAGUUGCUCGGUUUGUGUGCCAGUGCCCAGAGGACUUCAUUGGGCUGACCUGUGAGGAGUUGAAAGUCAAGAAUUGUUCCAACUUGAUGUGUCUCAAUGGUGCAACUUGCACAGAUAUUUUCAGGUUGGGAGUGCAAAUGCAGUGCAGGGUGGGAAGGAGUGCUCUGCAGCGAGGACAUCAGCAGUGUGAUUCAAACCCUUGUAAAAAUGGUGCCACGUGUGAGCACGGCAUAAAUAACUUAACUUGCCAUUGUCCUGAUAACUGGCAAGGUUCUACAUGUGAACAGGAUGAUCAGGUACAUAUACUAAACAAAGAGCCUGAAUGUGUUUCUGUACUCCAAUUAUAUACCGUAUUGUAUUCCGUUUGCUUCCCAGGUGAGAGUUCUACACAGGUUGACCUGGCCAUCAUUGUAGGAUGUGUGGUUGGUCUUAUGUUAAUAAUUGCUAUUGUUGGCCUCACUGUCUUCCUAAUGAUGGCUAAAAAGAAGCGCCAAACAAGAGGAACAUAUUCUCCAAGUAGACAGGAGUUUUACAGUCCCCGAGUUGAGAUGGGUAACAUGAUGAAGCCACCACCAGAAGAGAGACUAAUUUGAGACAAGGCGUCAGAAAUGUGUGUUGAGAAACCUCCAAUUUUUAUAUUGCUCAUUAGAUACUAAGUCUAUGAGUACUGUGGUAACUCUUUAACCUUACAGCUCACUUAAAAUGAUCCUACAACAAAAGACUCUGUCACAAGAUAAUAUCUAUGUUAGCUAAGGUUAGAAAAGGGUGAAAGAGAAUUCUCUUGAAUAGAGCCACACGUAAAGCACAGCAAGAAAAAUAUUCUUGAAAACUGCUUCAGAUUUUAUUAUUGCAUACUCUUCAUUGGCCACAUUGUCUUAUUUAGGCUCAUCUUGUGGAUUAUUAUGGAGUAAAACAAAAAGACUCAGAAAGGAAUGCUUGCAAUUCAGGAAAUUGCUUCUUAUUUCAGUGUAUUGAUAAGCUUAUUUUGAACAUAUCUAGAGAGUGUGAUGCUUAUAAUACAUGGGAAACAUAUUCUGUGAUUUGGAGAUACGUAAAGAACCAUUGCUCUGAUAGUGGUGGAAUUUAUGACUGACUGUACCUGUAUGCAUAAAGAUCAGAGAAAAACGUAACAAGAAGUCUUCCAUGUAUGAUUUCCAGUAUUCCACAAAAGUCAAAAUAAAUGUGGUGCGGUCCCCAAGAAGCAGUUGUGCGAGGGACUUGUCUGAGUAGUGAAGAUGUGUAUUUCAUAGAGUACUGUGUAUAAUUAUGUACAGUACUCACACAAAGGGAAAACACAAGAAAAAGUGUGAGGCUGGAAGCACUGGUUCAGAAUAGUAUAUCAAAAUGUAACCAGUCCAUCCAUCUGACAUCAGCUUCAAAUUCACAUUGAAUUUGAAUAGUGUCACAUGUUAUUGUUCUGCAAAAAGUUACUUGAAUCUUGUAAAUUCUCGUACGUAAUGUGCAUUUUUAUUUUUUCCUUUUUUAAUAAAAUUUAAUGCUUGAUUGCUUUUGCAUUUAUUAUAUGAAUGUGAAUGGUUGCCCAGAGUGUUAGAAAGUGUGUAGGAGUGUUGUAAAUACCUGCUAGAUUAAACUUAAUUGUUUUAAUCAUGUAUCAUAAUAGAUAGAUAGAUGAUAGUGAUGUUGCUAUAGUUCUAAAAAAAAAUUUUUUUUUGUAUUUGAAUAUCAUCAAUUUAAAUGUUGUGAAAAGAAAAAUUUAUCUGUUUUACAUAAAUGUUGUCAAGUCUAUUUAAGCUGUCACCAUCUUUAAGGCUACGAGGUAAAUAUGUAAUACUACAGUAGUACAGUACAUACACAAGACAUGAAUGUUAAGGUGCUCUAGUAUUCUUGAUAGCUGGCUAUCACUCAGUGUAAUGUUUAUGUAGAUGAUUCUCACUUGAGUUAAAGGACAACAGCCUCAUCAAGAAGUUUUGUGUACUGUUUACAUUGUCUUGAUAUCUCAGAUAGUUUUAUAUCAGAAAGUGUUUGUUACCAUUUUAAUAUCAAGAGUUACUGGUUAUUGUGUGUGCAUGAAUGCUGAUUCUGUUUUAAGUAGUUCUGACACAGACUGAAUUUUAAUGUACAUAAGAACAUAAAAUAAUUUAAUGAAUACACAUUGUGCAUGCAAAAAUAUCAUAAGUGGAAUAUUUAAUUUUUGGCAUUUUAAGUCCUUAAAUUUACAUAAUACAAUAAUAUUCUAAAUUGCUUAUUCAAUUUGUAAAUAUAAAAUAGGUGCUUUCCAUUACCAUUUUUGGUAAAUCUUAUUUCUGUCUUACAUGGAUUUUCUAAUGAUGAUAGUGAUUAUGCCAAAAGCAAGACUUAGAUAUUGCUGAAUAUUUACAUAUGUGUAUUUCAAGUGCAUUGUCACAUGUUAUGCAGUAUAGUACUGUACUAGAAUGGGCACUGAUGUUGGUAUGUGAGUGACAGUUAUAUAGGUAUAUAUACUUUUUCAAAAUGAAUAGUCUUUGUAUUAAUGUACUGUGAAAUACAAUAAAAGAAGAUGAUGGUCAGUGAUCUGGUUGAUAGAUUUGUAAAUGAGGAGGCACAUAUAUAUAUAUUUAUAUAUUUUUUCAUUCAUACAGACCACCUCCUGCUUUGGUCCAGAUGCAGCCAAAUGAUAUGUAAUGGCAAAUAUUCCAACAGUUGACAGAGAUGAAUCUGUAAAUGUUAUUAAUACAGUAUAUAUUUUUUGAUAAUGAAUAAUACAGAUAUAGAGUAUGUUAUGCACCUGUAGUAUAGGUCCUCAUUCUUGGUAAGAUAGAUUUUAAUUACCCUGUGAAAAAACCCCAAAACAUUCCAUUAUUUUCCAUAUGUAGAACUUUGGUUCCACUAGUAAUGUAGCAAUUUCACGCUGGCUCAGGUUACUCAUAUCACUGUAUUGAGCAAAAACUCAACUGCCAGAUGAGGAUGCUUUGUAUAUACUACUUUGAGGUGAAUAUUAACAUGCAAUGAAAAUGAAUCUCAGUGAUUGCAGAAUUGUUUUUAUAUAUAAACAAGUAAACACAAAAGCACACACACAUACAGACAGACACACAAAGGACACCAUGGUGCAUAGUCUGUCAUCUCCAGCAGCUGGUUUGAUGCUGCAGGGAACAGUGGCCUGGGUGUUACAGACUUUAUUAUGUUAAGCAUUAUUAUCCUGUAUGUAUGUCAAAACUUUAUGCUCACUAACACCUUUUUGUCACGGUUACUGCCUCACUUAUGUCACACAUUGGGAAAUAGUAUGUUAUAUGAAUGUGGUAAACCUUUACACACACAUGCACACACACACACACACACACACACACACACAUACACACACA